AUGUCUUCUGUGCUGUAUGUUUCUCUGUUGGUGUUGGGUGGUAAACUUGUUCUUCGGUACCGCAAGUCCGCAUUGAUUGGUGGCCAAGUGGUGAAAUCGUGUGAAUUGUGAUAGCAGUUUGAGGUCCAAAAGAAAACUUCAACAUGAGUCGUUUUUUUGCUACUGGCUCUGAUUCAGAAUCAGAAAGUUCGUCAGAGGAGGAGCAGGUUAUUCGCCAGCCUACCACAGCAUUCACGUUCAGUGAUGAAGAGGAAGAUACAAAACGUGUUGUUCGUUCUGCAAAGGAGAAACGCUAUGAGGAUCUUAGAAACACUAUCAAACAGCUUAGAAAUUAUAAAAAAAUCAAGGACAUGAGCAGCAUGUUAAGUAGUUUUGAGGAUCUGACUAGAGCGUACUCCAAGGCACUACCUGUGAUAACCAAAGAGGACAAUGGUGUCACUCCCAAGUUCUAUCUUAAUUGUUUGGUGGAGUUGGAGGAUUUCAUCAGUGAAGUCUGGGAGGACAGAGAGGGAAGGAAGAACAUGUCAAAAAAUAACUCUAAAUCUCUUGCGUCUCUUCGCCAGAAACUGCGCAAAUACAAUAAAGACUUCGAAGAAGAAAUAACUAAGUUCCGAGAAAAUCCUGAUGUGGUUGAUGAAGAUGAAGAUCAACCAAGAGAUCAAGACAAUGAUUCUGAUGCUGACUCUCCUGGACCUACCGCCUUCAAGAAAGCUGGGUCCGAGUCAAGUGCCCCUGAUAGUAAGGCAAUCAAGGGAGCCAGUGCAGCUGCUGGAGAUGACGAUGAAGGAAGUGACGACUCUAUAGACUGGGGCAGUGACUCGCAGAGCAGUUCUGAGAGUAGUGACGAUGAGACUCAGUACACCAGCAUUCGGGAACGCUUUCUGAAAAAGAAUACUGACAGAGAGGAAGAAGAGAAGAAAGAAAAGAAAAAGGAGCGUAAAGAGAAAGAACGAAGCAAGAAGUUGCGCCAAGAGAAUGAAGAUGAUGGUGAAGGAACAUGGGAGACUGUUAAAGGCGGAGUUGCUAUUCCAUCGGAGAAGCCAAAGAUGUUUGCCAAGGAUGCAGAGAUUGACAUAAACGUGGUGGUGAAGAAACUGAGUGAGAUCGUGGCAGCGCGCGGCAAGAAACGCACGGACAGGCGUGAGCAGAUAGAGUUACUGCACGAGCUGCAGGCUGUGGCUGACCAGCACCACCUCGGGCUGGCCAUCGCCAUCAAGAUCAAGCUUGCCAUCGUGUCUUCCAUCUUCGACUACAAUCCUAAGGUGUCUGAUGCCAUGAAACCGGAGUAUUGGGCCAAGUUACUGGAGAGGAUCUCGGAGUGUCUGGACAUGUUGUUGGCGUCCACUGACAUCACAAUCGGUGAGAACAUCACAGAGGAGGGGGAGAAGCUCGACAGCCCCCCCUACAAGCUGAGAGGCUGUGUACUCACCGUGCUGGAGAGACUGGACGAGGAGUUCACCAAGCUCCUCAAGGAAUGUGAUCCCCACAGUAAUGAGUAUGUUCAGAGACUGUCUGAUGAAAAACGUGUUUCAAAAAUUAUCGACAAAGUCCAAGAGUUUUUGGAACGCCAAGGCAACCCGUCUGAACUGUGUCGGAUCUACCUGCGCAAAAUUGAACAUCUUUACUACAAAUUUGAUCCUCAAGUCCUAAAGCAGAAGAAGGGUGAGUUGCCGUCUGACGCAGUGACCAGUGUGCAAGUGAUGGACCGAUUGUGCAAAUACGUGUACGACCGUGACACUACUGACCGGUUACGUACCCGAGCCAUACUGUCCCACGUGUACCACCACGCCCUGCACGACAACUGGUUCCAGGCCCGUGACCUCAUCCUCAUGUCUCAUCUUCAGGAGACCAUCCAACACUCGGACCCCUCCACACAGAUUUUGUACAACAGGACUAUGGCUCACCUGGGCUUGUGCGCAUUCAGACACGCCAACAUCAAGGACGCACACAACUGCCUCGUGGAUCUGAUGAUGACUGGCAAAGUGAAAGAACUGCUCGCUCAGGGUCUUCUGCCGCAGCGACAACAUGAGCGAAGCAAGGAGCAAGAGAAAGUGGAGAAGCAGAGACAGAUGCCCUUCCAUAUGCACAUCAACUUGGAACUUUUAGAGUGCGUUUACUUGGUCUCUGCCAUGCUGAUUGAAAUCCCUUACAUGGCAGCCCAUGAAUUUGACGCUCGUCGAAGGAUGAUUUCCAAGACAUUUUACCAGCAGCUGCGUAGCAGUGAGAGACAGUCGCUAGUCGGGCCGCCGGAGAGUAUGAGAGAGCACGUGGUCGCCGCUAGCAAAGCCAUGAGGAACGGCAACUGGUCCGUGUGUAAGGACUACAUCAUCAAUGAUAAAAUGAAUGCUAAGGUUUGGGAUUUGUUCUACGAGAGUGAUAAGGUGAGAGGAAUGCUGACCCGUCUCAUCAAAGAAGAAUCCCUGCGCACUUACCUGUUCACUUACUCUCACGUGUACGCGUCAAUCUCCAUGCCCACUCUCUCGGAGAUGUUCCAGAUGGAGAAGUCCAGCGUUCAUUCCAUCAUCAGUAAAAUGAUAAUCAACGAGGAGUUGAUGGCUUCUCUAGACGACCCGACCCAAACAGUGGUGAUGCAUCGCAGUGAACCCAGUCGCCUGCAGUCCCUGGCCUUACAGCUGGCCGACAAGGUCAACAACCUCGUGGAGUCCAACGAGAGAAUAUUCGAGAUGAAGCAAGGAAACUUCUUCCUGCGUGGUGGAAACCAAGGACAGUUCCGACAGAACUACAACCGACCCGGCCAAGAUUGGGGUCGACAGAGGCGUGACCGAGACAACGCGCAAAGGACUUACUAAUUUCAUUUGUUUAUUUUCUUAUCUCAUACAUAUUAUUAAUAAAAUAAUUUUGGGAUUUAAA